AUGGGCCUUUUCAGCAUUAGCUGCCUGCUUUCCUGCUUUGCACAGGGCAGCAAAUCUGUACUUUCCUUCACCACACCUCAAGUCUACAGUUUGGAUUAUAUCAAUUUUGUGUUAUUUCUGGUUAGCAUUGUAACAGGGGAUAAAACCAUUUCCUAUAAUUCUUGCAUGGCCCAGGUGUUUUUCUACAUACUCCUUGGUGCAACAGAAUUUUUCCUUUUGACGGCCAUGUCCUACGAUCGCUAUGUGGCUAUCUGUAAGCCACUGCACUACACGACAAUCAUGAGCAGCAGAGUCUGCAUCCAGCUUGUUCUUAGUUCUUGGGUGACUGGAUUUCUCAUCAUCUUUCCACCUGUCAUCAUGGGGCUGCAGCUGGAUUUCUGUGCUUCCAACAUCAUUGACCACUUCAUUUGUGACUCCUCUCCUAUGCUGCUCAUCUCCUGCUCAGACACAGCCUUCCUAGAGCUCACGGGAUUUUUCAUGGCAGUGUUCACUCUCAUGGUCACCUUGACCUUAGUGAUUCUUUCCUAUGCAUUAAUUCUUAGGACAAUCCUGAGAAUCCCUUCUGCUGAGCAAAGGAAAAAGGCCUUUUCCACUUGCUCCUCACACCUGAUUGUUGUCUCUAUUUCUUAUGGAAGCUGCAUUUUCAUGUAUGUCAAAACAUCCACUCAUGAGCAUGUGACACUGCCCAAAGGCCUUGGGGGUCUCUUAUUGUCAGUGCUUACUGGAAAAUCUGAUGACCAAGGAAACCGGCUGGAUAUUGUGGUGUGUGGAGUUUGA